UGUUGGAGGGUCUUGGAAUCGGGUUGGACUGGGGUUGACCUUUAGCCCGAACAAGCCUCCAAAUUUGACCCAGAAUGAAAAUUGUUCGAUUAGGGUUUUCAGACAUAAUUUAUGGAGGGUAAUUCCAAAAAGGAAAAAGAGAUAAUAUCUAAUCACUAGGGUUUAUACGAUUUUCAUUUCUCACUGCUCUCUUGCUGCCACCACCCAUUGAGUAGAUUUUGAUGGGUGUGAUUAAUAUCUACGAUAUUUCCUCUCUUUGUGUGGUCAAACACAAUACUGGUAUUCACUUAUUGGAACCCCGAGCACCCAUUUGUUCAUUUGAGGGAAGGCGCAAGGGGGUUACUUGUAUGACCUCCGCCAUGCCUGUAAAACAGGUCAGUGAGGUCCAGGAACGCCUAACUGGAGACUCAUUCAUCCGACCCCAUCUCAAGAAUUUGUCACCUUAUCAACCCAUUUUGCCUUUUGAGGUUUUGUCAUCACGUCUUGGCAGGAAGCCUGAAGAUAUUGUCAAGCUAGAUGCAAAUGAAAACCCUUAUGGUCCACCCCCAGAGGUAUUUGAAGCUUUGGGGUCAUUGAAAUUCCCAUAUGUUUAUCCUGACCCUGAAAGCCGUCGAUUACGAGCUGCACUUGCAGAAGAUUCAGGCAUUGAGUCUGAUUAUAUUCUUGCCGGAUGUGGUGCAGAUGAGCUCAUUGAUUUGAUUAUGCGAUGUGUACUGGAUCCUGGUGACAAGAUUGUGGAUUGUCCGCCAACUUUCACAAUGUAUGAAUUUGAUGCUGCUGUUAAUGGGGCACUUGUUCUCAAAGUACCGAGGAAUUCAGACUUCAGUCUGAAUUUAGAGGCCAUUGCUGAUGUUGUUGAGAAGGAGAAACCAAAAUGCAUAUUCCUAACUUCUCCCAACAACCCAGAUGGAAGUAUUAUCAAUGAUGAAAUUCUCUUGAAGAUCCUUGAGCUGCCUAUUUUGGUUGUGCUGGAUGAAGCAUACAUUGAAUUUUCAGGAAUUGAGUCUAGGAUGGGAUGGGUGAAGAAGUUUGAGAAUUUAAUUGUCCUGAGGACAUUUAGCAAAAGAGCUGGAUUAGCUGGACUCCGUGUGGGGUAUGGAGCAUUUCCUUUGAGCAUUAUUGAGUAUCUUUGGAGAGCAAAGCAACCAUAUAAUGUUUCUGUUGCUGCUGAAGUUUCUGCAUGUGCAGCAUUGCAGAAUCCCGCCUAUUUGGAGAAGGUGAAAGAAGUUUUGGUACAAGAGCGGGAUAGGCUGUAUAAGCUUCUGAAAGAAGUGCCAUUUCUCAACCCAUUUCCAAGCUAUUCUAAUUUCAUUCUUUGUGAAGUUACAUCUGGUAUGGAUGCUAAGAAGCUAAAGGAUGAUCUUGCAAAAAAGGGCGUGAUGAUCCGUCACUACAGUAACAAAGAAUUGAAGGGAUAUGUUCGUGUCUCUGUUGGGAAGCCUGAACACACAGACGCCUUGAUGGCGUGCCUCAAUUCCCUAUCUUGAUUGAAUUCUGGUGUUCAAACUUCCAUGCACCAGUAGGAAUGACAACCAAGAGGUCCGAUUCCUCCAACCAUUUGCAAAUGAAAGGAAAGCAUUAGCCCAUUGUUUCUACACCAAACUGCAGGGUUCUGUCUUGUUGCUAAAACAUAUAGGACUUGGAAAUCCAGCAUUUAUCAAUCUGCUUUUAAUUGAGGCAAUCAAGAGAUUGUUGAAAGAAAUUUUAAAUUUUUUUUCGGAUGUAUGCAGUUAAUUAAGGCCUGAUAUUGUAUGGGUGCAAUUACUGGGUUUGGAUGUCCAUGUCUGGAAUAAUCAUACCUUAAAUUACUUCAAUUAGCUGUGUCUUGGAUUUUACAGCA